GACUGAGGUGAUUUAUAAAUGACUCACUGGGCUCCUCGGAGCGCAGAGCUCCGCACAGCUCCUCCGGAGCACCUCUUGGACGGGGCUUUUCUCUCCACAUCUGCAGCUCCCCUCGCAGAAUCGGCCCUUUCUCUGCCCGGCCAGGCGCAGAGAUGAGCCACGCCAGGCCUCGCUAUGUCAUCGAACGUCCCGCGUAUUCCGUCAGCCUCUUCGAUGAAGAGUUCGAGAAGAAAAGCAGAAGUUACCCCGUUGGGGAAAAGUUGAAAAACCUUUUCAGAUGUUCAGCUUCCAGAUUCAAAGUCAUCCUCUACAGCCUGUUCCCAAUACUUGUGUGGCUCCCCAAGUAUAAAAUUAAGGACUACGUUUUGCCUGAUGUUCUCGGUGGGCUCAGUGCGGGGACGAUUCAAGUGCCACAAGGUAUGGCCUUCGCGCUGCUGGCCAACCUGCCACCCGUCAAUGGGCUCUACUCCUCCUUCUUCCCCCUGGUAACAUAUUUCUUCCUUGGCGGUAUCCGUCAGAUGGUCCCAGGUACUUUUGCUGUCAUCAGCAUUAUUGUUGGCAACGUCUGCCAUGAGCUGGCUCCGGAGUCGGACUUCGAGUACCUCAACCAUACUACCAAUGAGAUCAGCGUGAACACCACAGCCCUGGAAGCAGCCAGGCUGGAGAUCUCUGCCACGCUGGCCUGCCUGACAGCCAUCAUACAACUGUGCCUGGGAUUCGUGCAGUUUGGCUUUGUUGCCAUCUACCUCUCCGAGUCUUUCAUCAGGGGUUUCAUGACAGCAGCAGGGCUGCAGAUCCUCAUCUCCGUGCUCAAGUACGUCUUCGGCUUGACGGUCCCAUCUUACACCGGGCCCUUAGCUAUCGUCUACACGUUCAUUGAUAUUUGUAAAGGUCUGCCUAAAACCAACGUGGCCUCCCUGGUCUACGCCUUGGUCAGCGCCGUGCUCCUGAUCAUUGUCAAGGAGCUCAACCUAAAGUAUAUGAAUAAGAUCCGGAUGCCCAUCCCCAUGGAGAUCAUCAUUGUAAUAGUUGCGACUGCAAUCUCCGGUAGCUUCAACAUGCCUGAGAAGUACGGCAUGCCCGUUGUUGGGGUGAUCGGCAUGGGGUUCCCAGCACCGACCCUGCCCCUGGUGAACAAGUGGAAGGACAUGAUCGGCACAGCUUUCUCGCUCGCCAUCGUGGGCUACGUGAUCAACCUGGCCAUGGGGAGGACGCUGGCGGCCAAGCAUGGCUACGACGUGGACCCCAACCAGGAAAUGCUGGCCCUGGGCUGCAGCAACUUCUUUGGAUCCUUCUUCAAAAUCCACGUGAUCUGCUGUGCUCUCUCCGUCACUCUCGCCGUCGAUGGGGCAGGAGGGAAAUCACAAGUGGCAAGUUUCUUUGUGGCCUUGGUGGUCAUGGUGACCAUGUUGGCUCUGGGGAUCUACCUCGAACCUCUUCCAAAGUCCGUCCUGGGAGCUCUCAUUGCCGUGAACCUGAAAAACUCCCUCAAGCAGCUGGCCGAUCCCUUCUACCUGUGGAAGAAGAGCAAGCUGGACUGUCUGGUCUGGCUCGUCAGCUUCCUCUCCGCUUUCUUCCUGAGCCUUCCCUAUGGAGUUGCUGUCGGUGUGGGAUUUUCCGUGCUGGUUGUGGUAUUCCAUACCCAGUUUCGUAACGGCUCUGCCCUGGGCCAAGUAAUUUCCACUGACAUCUACAAGAACCCUAAAGACUACAACAAGGUACACGAACUUAAUGGGAUUAAAAUUGUGACCUACUGCUCACCGCUGUAUUUUGCCAACUCAGAGAUAUUCCGCGAGAAGAUUAUAGCCAAGACCGGGGUGGAUCCCGGUAAAGUGUACUUAGCCAGGAAGAAAUAUGUGAAACAGCAGGAGAAGGGGACAGCACAACCACCAACACAGCUACCGAAAUUCUUACUGGGGCAGAACAAGACCUUGUCUUUGCAAGAGCUCCAGAAAGACUUCGAAAGCACCUCUCCAACAGAUACCAACAACAACCAGACGACUGCUAAUGGUGCCAGCAUCUCCUACGUCACCUUCCGUCCGCCCGCCAACGGCGCUGGGCAGGUCCACACCUCCAGUGAGCUGGGCAGCACCUCUACGCUGCAAAGAAGCACUUUCAGCGUCACACCUACGGCAAAUGUUGACCCUGUGAUGGCAGCACCGCCAUAUAUCAGCUUUCACACCAUCAUCCUGGACAUGAGCGGAGUGUGUUUUGUUGACCUAAUGGGCACAAAAGCACUAGGCAAGCUGUGUUCCAGUUAUCAGAAGAUUGGGAUUAAAGUGUUCUUGGCAAAUGUACAUGCCCAGGUGUACAAUGACAUUAGCACAGGUGGAGUCUUUGAAGAAGGAGGCCUGGACCGAAGUCACAUCUUCUUGACCAUCCACGAUGCUGUUUUGUUUGCCCUGGCAAACAGCAGAGAAGUUGUCCACCCACUCGUCUCAGAAGAGAGGCCGCACCAGACGGAGCUCUCCAUCUCCGACGAGUCCGUGGAUGAAAGCAGUGCAGAGUUCAAGAACUUGGAGGAGGAGAUGUUUGGCAGCAUGUUCCACUCAGAGACCCAGACAGCUCUGUGAGCAGCGGCGUGCAGGCAAACCCCCCCGAACAGACUCCUCUCUUCCAUCCCUCCGUGAAGAGCUGCGCUUCCACCCGGGGAUACAAUAAGUUUGCAAAGCAAGAGGCCAUCGCACCUCUCAAACUGAUCAAUUCCUCCCUCCACUGCUUCUGCUACUCAGAGCAGCGGAUACUGGAGCAGAAAAUAGAAAUCUCCAGAAGCAGGAAUUCAGGAAAAAGCCAUGUCAUUAAUUACAGAAGAGAAGCGAGUUCAUUUGAAGGCAGGUGCCUUAACACAUGGGACGAUCACUCAUUUUUGCCAAGUGCUUUUUGUCUCACACAGUCGCACUCUUCUGUCUGCACAGGCACCAUGUAAUUUGGGCACCCCCCUCCUUUCUUUCCCCGCUCCCUCUUUUCCUGAUGAAGUACAAGCAAAUAUUAAGAGCCUUUCACAGCUUCAACUCACGAGCAAAAGCAACUCUUGCAAGACGCGUUUGGACUCGAUGAUCCUGAAGGCCUCUUCCAACUGAAAUGAUUCUAUGAUGCAGUUUUGUAACACGAUGCUGUUCAAAAACAUGCACUGACCAUUGGGGUGUCCGCACAGUGAGUGCGACCUCCCAGAUUUCCCUGCGUGCCACCCCCUCCGCCUUCCCCGUGUCCCCUCCUCCAUGUCCCCAUAAUGUCCCAGACACCGCUGCUGCAAUCCCAUCCCGUAUUUCUGACACCCAAAGACCUCCACACUGUCUCAGCAGAGCUACUUUCUAACAACAUUUCUUUUUCUUGCUAAUAGGACUAGUUUGUAAUCACAAAUAAGAAUCCCUUGUCACCGUGUGUUAUGUGCACAUAUUCUCCUGCCCGCCUCACGGGUUGAACAUGUGUUCAAAGACUCAGGGUCCAGCUCAAACCCUCUCUCAAGGUUUUUAGGGACCUUUCCACUGACGGAACAGCGUGGAUGGCACAGCAGCGUUCACCCCAAGGCUGUUCUGACUCCCUUCCCAUCCUCUAGUUGAUCGGAAUGACUCAAAGCUUUAGUCCAGAACAUGGCUGAGUGCUUUGGGGAGAUAUUUGUUUUUCGCAAAUCAUUUUGAUCACAAGUAGCAAAUUCAGGGACAGGGCAGGAAGCCCCUUCUGCACACACUUCAUAAUGCCAUCGAUCCAGAGCAGGAAAACUGAAAUUUGAGUGUAUUUUAUGUCUUCAACUCAGGACCAGCCCAAGUGACACCCUGUGCUAUGGUGACGAGCUCUCAAGUGGUCACUUGUGCAGCAAGAGUCAUCUCUUGUAUGGGAUGGCAUAUUUCCAUAACAAUUUUCCACUACAUUAGAUUAUUUUUGCUAAAAUUCACCACAGACUGAUGCUACCAGGACCAUCUACCUCUCAGGCAAACACGCCUGCCUCACUAACCCACCGACACACAGCUGAGAUCUUAAUAAUUUCUAAAGAAUCUGACAUUCUUUUACAUUUGAGUGAUGCUAAUAGCAACUGCUAUUUUAGCUUCCUUUUCUGAUGCCUUCCCUUCCUACCCAGUGCUGAUGUUGUGACAGUAAUGACAAGAUGACAAUAUAAAGCCUGAAAAAUCUAAGCAUAAACCAGGGGUUGAAGGGACACUUCUUUCUUCAGUGCAUUUCAACCUCAAACGUGGCUUUUAUGAAGAUAAGGUUAUAAAAAAAAAUUAAGAUAAAGACACAUACUUCAAUUGCAAUGGAAACAAUUUCUUUUGUUUGAAUUUCAAAUCUUCCUACAAAGUGUUUCAGCAUUGGGAUAAAACGCAAGAGGCGACAAGAAAAACUGAACAGUGAUGGAAGUAAAACUGGAUAGUUUGUUAUCUUUCCAUGCUUGCAAAAAAUAAAGACUGGCCUUAAUAAUGAAAGUCAAUUAUAUUUUUUAAAGUUAUUUCUGUUUUAUUACUCCAAGAUACUAAAAAGCCAAUUGCUAGAAGGCUUUCUGGGGAGAGAAAGUGGGGCUUUCCAACAGCUCCCAGACGUCUCAUUUUUAAGGAAAAUAGAGUUUUGUGAACCAUCAUUAAAGGAAACGACAUCAGGACUCAGCCAGCUUGGUUUGAUAUGUAAUAACACCUCAUUAACUAAGUCACCAUUUCUCCACCUCAGUUUCUGAUUAUGUGGUACAGGAGAGAGUAAUAAAACCAAAAGAGGUUAGUUUCCAAAAGGAAAAACCCACUAACUAAUGGUGAUUAUGUUUUUUAAUCUUAGACAGCAGUGAUUUUUCCAAAAUCCAUGUAUAGCUUGUUCUAUAAGGUAAAAUCAAGAGAUUAAUUCUCUUAAAUUAUCUUUGAGGGUGAUUACUCAUGGUCUUUCGUUACCGCCUGAGUUUUCCUUUUACUUGCUUGUUUGAAGAAAGCAACAAAGAAAUCGGUGCAACAGAACAAGAAACUUUCCUACAGUAGCUAAUCGAUACUUCUGUCUCUCUGAGGUGGCACCACUUUAAACAAGGAAAAUUCCAAUUUCCAGUUCUUCAUUCAAGCUUAAUUACAGAAUGCUGAUUCCACAGUCUCAGGGCCUGAUGGGCCAAACACAAGAAGCCUCAGAGCAAUAGACCAUGUAUGAAAAAUAAAUUGCAUUUCUUGAAGUUCCUACAAACAGAAUGGAUGGGAUGUCAAGAGAGGCGGCAACAGCAGUGACCAUAUGCUCUGCGAUUCUGAUGACCUGGGCGGAAGGAUAUGUCAUUUCUGGAGCCAUGGGCAGAUUCCAGCAAUAACAUCAGUCUUUAUUUCUAAGUGCCCAGGUAAGAGAAUUAGGGAAGCACAAAUUCACGCUGGGGUAGAAAAAUUAUAAUUUCAAGUGUCCAUUUUUUGCUAUUAAAGUAAGUGAUGUCGACAUGUAAUGGCUCUGAAGCCUUACGUGAUAAACGCAUGAUAUAUAACCCGCUCAGAAAUGUUUGUAAUUUAUUUAAUUUAAUACUGGGUUUGUUCUUUUUUUGAUAAUAAAGAAUGUGCGAACAA